GCGCGGCGCUGCGCGAGGAUGCGGGAGGCGGCGGCGCUGCCCGGCGCUGCCGGCGCCGCCGUGCCCGGCUUCCUGGCCAAGCUCUGGGCCCUCGUGGAGGAUCCGCAGAGCGACACCGUGAUCUGCUGGAGCAGGAAUGGUGAGAAUUUCUGCAUUCUGGAUGAGCAGAGGUUUGCUAAGGAGCUACUUCCCAAAUACUUCAAGCACAACAAUAUCUCCAGCUUCAUACGCCAGCUUAACAUGUAUGGGUUCAGGAAAGUGAUUGCUCUGGAGAAUGGUAUGAUUACAGUGGAGAAAAGUUCAGUCAUUGAGUUCCAGCACCCUUUCUUCAAGCGAGGGAAGGCACACUUACUGGAAAACAUCAAGCGCAAGGUAUCUGCAGUAAGAACCGAAGAUCUCAAGGUCUGUACAGAGGAUUUACACAAAGUACUUUCUGAAGUCCAGGAAAUGAGAGAGCAACAGAACAACAUGGAUGUCAGACUGGCUAAUAUGAAGAGAGAAAAUAAGGCCCUGUGGAAAGAAGUGGCAGUUCUAAGGCAGAAGCACAGUCAACAACAGAAGCUGCUGUCUAAGAUUCUUCAAUUUAUACUAAGUUUGAUGCGAGGAAAUUACAUUGUUGGGGUCAAAAGAAAAAGAUCUCUAACAGAUGCUGCAGGUGCUUCACCUUCCAAAUACAGUCGUCAGUAUGUUCGCAUACCUGUGGAGAGUGGCCAAGCAAUGACUUUUUCUGAACGUAAUUUGGAUGGUGAGGAUGGGAAUGGUACAGGUCUUAUCAUUCGAGAUAUCACUGACACUCUGGAUAAUGCCACUGAUGGGCUCCCUGCUCUGGCCCACACAAGUGGCAAAGCCAGAGAGACAGAGGCGCCUUUAGAUUCUGGUUUACCUAUUUGUCAAGUAUCACAGCCAGUUGAGUUAAAUUGUCCAGAACUUGCUCCUCCAGUUCAGAAAAAAGAUGCUAACAAAUCCAGUGAAAUAGGAAAUGAUGCUGUGGAGCUCCAUACUGCACAAGCUAAUGCUCCAGAAGACCCUGUGUCAGUGAUUGACUCUAUCUUGAAUGAAAACAAUUCUGGAAACCAAAAUGAUCCUUUACUAGACAGGGAAGAAAUCCAGGAUUUUCUAAAUUGCAUUGACGCCAGCCUUGAAGAGCUUCAAGCAAUGCUAUCUGGGAAGCAGUAUAACCUUGGUUCCGAAGCUUUCAGUGAUACAUUUAAUCCUGAGCUGCCAGCCCUGGAUAUGAAUUUCAUGGAAACUUCCCCUAGCAUGCAAAAUAUUGCAAACUUGGCAGACAGCGCUGAAGAUCUGGAAGGAAGUGAGAGAGAAGCAGCAGGAAACAAAGAUAUGCAGCUGAUACAGUACAAGGCCAAUCCUCUGCUUUCAUUAUUUGAAGAAUUACCCUCUGGUGAAGCUGCAGGGAAGAUAGAAGAUCCUAAAGACCUUCUACUGGCCCCCCUGGAGGAGAAACCUGAAGGAGGAUGGAGAGCAGACAAAAGAAGGUCCUCUUUCUGCAAGCAGAGAGCAAGCCUGGAAAAGCUGAAAACAAGGUCAAAACAAGAACUAAUGGGACUGAAGGCACUGGGAGGAGGGAAGAACAAGCUCCCUGUAAAUAUAUUGCAAUGUAUUCUGUAACUGUUUUUAUCUGAUAUUCUUAUGGCAAGAAGAAAUCCGUUUGUAUCCUGUUUGUAAAAUCUGGCUGUUUUUUUUUAUUAGCUGGAUAGUAAUGUGGUAUGUAAUAUUUUAACAUAGGUUUUUCUCUUUCUGAGAGUCUGUUUCAAUAGGUGGCUUGUCUAUUGAUUCAAAUUGUGUGAUUUUUUUUUUGUUUGUUUUUAAGUUUGCGAUUUCUUUUUUAAUAGUUUGUGGCUAUAAAUUUUUGCAUCUGUUUAGGUCACUUUCCUAUUCCUAGACUUGCUCCUAGGUACUCACAACAUUUUUCCUAUGGAAAAUUACAUUUUAAUUGUGGAAUAUUACUUUUUAACCUGCUGACACAUGUCCAUUGCCACAGAUUUUAGGUGUUAUGGUAGUAAAUGCUCUCCACUCUGCAUAAAGCUGAUUUCUCAUGCACAUUGCAUGGCAGUUCUUCCAGGGUAACUUGCAUUUAGCACACAGCUCACUCAUGCUCAGUAAUUUUAAAUUGAACUAAUUCAGGAGACAAGUAGCAAAGUUCAGAGCUGUCCUUGAAACAAGAGCAAAGAAAAAGGAGUAAUGGAGUAAUUUGCACUGACAUAGGACAAUACAUUGAGAUUUCUCUUCUGCUUUCAGUAGCUAAUUGUUUACCUAACCCUAUAUGAGCAUUGGACUUCUUGCUGCAUUUCUGCUCGUGGGAUCUUAAAGAUGAAUUUACACGAUGCAUUAAAUCCCUUGAUAGUGAAUUACGAAAAAUAGUGUCUGCUUAAUCAAAAAAUUUUUCUCUAAAAGUCCUUCCUAUGCUGUUCUCCUAUUUUUUUUGUUAGAAGCUGUAAUAUAGAUGACAGCUGUUAGCCCUGGCUUUUCAAUGGGACAGGUCCUUCACAAAUAACAAAUUUGUAGCUGUCUUAUCACUAGCACAUGUAAACCCAAAGAUGCAAAACUGUUAGGGGCUAGAAGAUGUCUGGAGGCAGGUUGUAUAAUUUCAUGGGUAGGAAUAUCACAUGAUACUACUUUCCCAAAGACCUCAGUCAAAACAGUGAAAAACGAGCUUUUUUUUAUGCUGUUUUGAACAAAGCGCAGACAACAAAGUUCUAUGACAGGUUGAUCUUCUGUAACUUCCAUUUCCUGAACAGGCUAGACUGAAAUAUAGUUCCUGUUAUGGAUUCACGUUCCAUCACGUUCUUCUGUGAUGGCAGUGCAUCUCACCAUUAGAUAUUUGAUCUAAUUACCUAAUAUUUUUUUUUAAUUCAGUUUCUCUCUUAAGAAAAUAAGAAACCAAGACUUAAGAAAACUGCAAACAGAAACUUGUGCUGCUGUAUCUGGUUUAUGUACUGAUCUGGGAGAAGUUUAUGCAAGUUUACUAGCAAAGAUUGCAAUAGGAAGGGGAUGGCUGAAUAGCAGGGAAAAAAAAACCUACAAGCUGAAGCAAUUAAACUCAUGGAUUGCAAAAUCA